UUUGCCCUUCUGAACUUGUCACGCUCACUCUUCUGGGUUUCUCUCAUUCUCUCCAAAAGAAACAAUAGAAAAAAAAGGCUCCAUCCCCCUAAAAACCCAUCUUCUCUUUUCUCCUCUUUCUUCUUCAAACUCCUCUGUUUUGGGGUUUCCUUUGUUCAUCCUUCUAUUUCAAAUGCUUUCUUUUGGGUGAAAUAAGGGCUUCAAAUUUUAAAUUUACACAAGCGGUGAGGACUCAGUUUGGUGAGUUUUCAAUAUUUUAUUGAUUAUUUUCUUUCUCAUUAUUUUUCUGUCGCUACUUUGGCCUUUGCCUGGAGCUAUUGUCAUUUUAUUAUCGGUAAAAGUGGUCGGUUCUGUUGUUUGUGACACUUCCUUUUGCUAUUGCUGUUGCUACUUCUACUUUUGCAAAUCUGGGUACGAGAGUUUUGGGGGUUUAUUUGUUUUUGCAUUGUUGGAGUUAUACUGAUUUUGGAAUUCGAAGGGUAUGGUUUGAGUUUUAGUAUUUUGAUCUGUGGAAUGUCAAAAGUGGUUUUUGGAGAAACCCCAUUUGAAAAAUGGCUCGGAUUCGACAUCAAAUCUUUCAAAAUGAUGGGUUUUUGAGUUACCCUCCUCCUUUGGGUACUUCUUCUUCAACCCCUUUUGAUGGAAUUUACAAUAAGGAACCAACUCCACCAGCAGUGUCAUCUCCAACCUCGUCUGGUACGAGGAUAAGUCCAGCAGUUCUUUUUAUCAUAGUUAUUUUGGCUGUUUUGUUUUUCAUCUCUGGUCUGCUUCAUCUUCUUGUUAGAUUCCUUAUAAAACACCCAUCUUCUUCAGCUUCCUCUCAAUCUAACAGAAACCCAGAACUUUCUCCUUCUGAUGCACUUCAGAGACAGCUGCAGCAGCUCUUCCAUCUUCAUGAUUCUGGUUUAGAUCAAGCUUUUAUAGAUGCACUUCCUGUUUUUCAGUAUAAAGAAAUUGUGGGUCUCAAGGAGCCAUUUGAUUGUGCUGUUUGUUUGUGUGAGUUUUCUGAGAAAGACCAACUCAGAUUACUUCCUAUGUGCAGCCAUGCUUUCCAUGUCAAUUGUAUAGACACUUGGCUCCUGUCGAAUUCGACAUGUCCUCUUUGUCGAGGAACUCUUUUCAAUCCUGGUUUUUCGAUUGAAAAUCCGAUGUAUGAUUUCGACGAUCUUGGAGAAGAAGAUGAAUGUGCUGGUAAUGCAGACCACAGGUUACCUAAUUGUCAGAAAACAAUGGAAAUUCAAGAGGUAGUGAAUGAGAAGGGGGUUUUUCCAGUGAGAUUAGGGAAAUUCAGGAGGAUGGAUGUGGCGGAGGCUGUAGAGACUGAAGUUGGUGAGACCAGUAGUAGUAAUUUGGAUGCUAGGAGAUGUUAUUCGAUGGGGUCGUAUCAAUAUGUUGUUAUAGAUGCUGACCUCAGAAUUGCCUUGUCUAAAGCUCGACGAGAGGGUGAUAAUAAACAGCCCUCGAAAGAGACGGAAUCAAACAGCAUCUCUCCAAUCCAAGCAGAUUUGGAUGGAAAGAAGCUUAGUAGUGUAGCUAAAGGAGAGAGUUAUUCUGUUUCGAAGAUCUGGCUUUGGUCUAAAAAGGGGAAGUUCUCAAGUUCUACUGAACCGCAGAUAGUUCAUGAUAGGAUGUAAUGGUGGCAAAGUUCGAGAUUGAGAAGUUCAACGAAACUAAUUUCUCGUUAUGGAAGUUGAAGAUGAAGGUUUUCUUGAGAAAAGAUAAUUUUUUGUAGUCAUUGAUGAAAGGCCAAUGGAGAUUGCUGAUGAUAACAAGUGGAACGAGAUGGAUGGGAAUGCUAUUGCAAAUAUUCAUCUAACAUUGAUAGAUAAUGUACAAGCAUUGAGGAGAAGAAAAUCACAUAGGAGAUUUGGGUUCAUCUCACCAAAUUUACGAAGCCAAAUCACUUCACAACAAGAUUUUUCUUAAGAGGAAGUUGUAUACUUUUUAGGUGUUAAGAGUCCACGUCAAUGACGGAGCACAUGAACAUGAUGCAUACUCUAUUUUCUCAAUUCACAUCGUUUGGUUCUGAAAUAGAAUCAAAUAAACGUGCUAAACUUCUACUUUGAAGUUUUCCUGAUUCAUAUAUUUAACUUAUCAUCAAUUUGACAAAUAAUGUUCACAUUGAUUGGCUAAGCUUUGAUGAUCUUACACUUUUUGUACUAGAAGAGGAAAAUCGAUGCAAGAACAAAUAAGAUAAGUUGGUAAAUUCAUAAGAAGCAGAAGCACUGGCGAUACAGGAGGCAGGUCAGUAGAACGUGGCUCAAGUGAGAGUUAAAAUCAAGGAAGGUCAAAAUCAAGAAAUAAGAAGAACAUGAAGUGCUAUAAUUGUGGAAAAAAGGGACAUUUGAAGAAAUGUUAUCAAAAUUUAAACAAGAAAGAUUCCAAUUUGUAGGGAAAUGUAGCAAACACCCUAAAUGAAAGUGGUUCCUUGUCUUAUGAAGUAGUGACAGCUAUAGAAGGGAAAAAAAGAACUACUAAAG